GCCCAGAACCAAAAACCCCCUCCUCCCGUGCUUCCCUGCCCCGCCGCCCACCCCUCAUCCCCUGCGCCAUGCCGCCGCGCAAGCGCCCGGCGCCGUCCUCCCCUGCCUCGGCGCCUCCACCUGACAUCAACCCCCCCGAACCCUCUGCCCCCGCCCCCGAUUCCGAGAUGCCGACCAUCUCGGCCAGUAUCCUAGCCAAGCUCCCGCCCCCGGAGCGCGAGGUCUACAGUCUCAUCUUCGCGGCGGGCAGCAAGGGCAUGUGGCUGCAGGACGUCCGCAACGCGACGCGGCUGAGCCCCAACGUCGCCACCAAGGUGGCGCGCACCCUCGUGGCGCGGGACCUCCUCAAGGAGGUCAGCGACGUGCGCCACCGCAGCAAGAAGGUCUUCAUGGCCACCGACUUCCAGCCCUCUCCCGAGAUCACGGGCGGCACCUGGUAUCACGACGGCCGCCUCGACACCGACGCCGUCUCCGCCGCGCGCCGCAGGUGCCUCGCCCAGGUCGAGAGGCUCGGCACCGCCACCGCGGAGAUGAUCCACCAUGGCAUCGAGAGGCACGAGCCCAGGGCCGGGUACGCCAUCGACAGGAUCAGGGACAUCCUGCGGACCAUGGUGCUCGACAAGGUGCUCGAGGAGGUCAAGAGCACCGGAGAGGGGGAGUUUGCCGCCGUCAGGAGCGGCAGGAUGUGCUACCGUGUGGCUGGAGCUGCGCAGGGAGGGAUGAUGGAGGGGAUCCCGUGCGGAGUUUGCCCCAGGAUCGAUGAGUGCUCGCCGGAGGGGGCCAUCUCGCCCAACACAUGCGUCUAUUACAAGAAGUGGCUGCAGAUGGACUUCUAGGCGGCGAGCCCCCUCCGUUGUGCAUUGCGAUGGCGUCGAUUGGAAAUCAGUUUCGCAUUGUCUGAUUGGUUCCACAUUUUAGUAUUGGAUUGUCAAAGUUCAAUUCCUUUAGUGUGGUUUGUGAUCUCUGAUAAGGUAGGCAUAUUAGGUGGUCAUGGUACCACAUUUUGGUAUUCAUAUCACUUCAACAUU